UUCUAUUGUGAUUCACUGAUUUGUAUUUAAAAUGCCUUCAACUAUCAAAAGCUCUCCCCACGUUUCUCUGAUACUUGGUACUAAAAAAUUAGUGCUUUUUACUGUAUUUCUUUACUCUUUUGUUAUAAAUAGUGUCUCUUCUUUCAUAUUUUGGUAAACUCAAAGUCCCAAUAAAACCAAAACCAAAAAAAGCUUAUUUGCCAUUCCUUCUUAUUCUUCUUAAAGUUUCAGAACUCAGAAGCCUAAUUCCUUCAUGGCACAAGCACCUGACUUAGGAGGUGUUAAAUAUGAAGAGGACUACAUCGUGAAUUCCCGUGGAUUGAAGCUUUUCACGUGUAAAUGGAUUCCAGAAAAUCAAGAACCAAAAGCCUUGAUUUUCUUAUGCCAUGGAUAUGCUAUGGAGUGCAGCAUCACCAUGAACAGUACGGCAACCCGGCUUGUGAAAGCGGGUUUUGCAGUUUAUGGGAUAGAUUAUGAAGGCCAUGGGAAAUCAGCAGGACUGCAGGGCUUAGUUAAGAUAUUUGACAAUGUUGUCGAUGAUUGCUCUGAUCAUUUUACAACCAUAUGUGAGAAGAAAGAAAACAAAGGGAAGAUGAGAUAUUUGUUGGGUGAGUCCAUGGGAGGUGCAAUGUGUCUGCUAUUACACAGGAAAAAGCCUGAUUACUGGGAUGGUGCAGUCCUGGUUGCUCCUAUGUGCAAGAUUGCUGAUGACAUGAAGCCAAGUCCAAUAGUCAUCUCUAUUUUGACAAGGCUAUCCACUAUUAUUCCAACAUGGAAAAUAAUUCCAGGACAAGAUAUAAUUGAUCUUGCCUUUAAAGAGCCCGAGAUAAGAGAACAGGUAAGAGCCAACCCAUACUGCUAUAAAGGGAAGACUCGCCUGAGAACCGGAUAUGAACUUCUCAGGAUCAGUACAGACAUCGAGAAGAGACUUCAAGAGGUUUCAUUACCAUUUUUAGUUCUGCAUGGUGAAGAGGAUAGAGUGACUGACAAAGCUGUUAGCCAACAGCUUCAUGAGUUGGCUUCAAGCACAGACAAGACCAUCAAAAUGUAUCCAGAAAUGUGGCAUGGUCUACUCUAUGGAGAGCCACAACAAAACUUGGACAUAGUGUAUGCAGACAUUAUCAGCUGGUUAGAGAAGAGAUCCAACUUAGGAAACUCGAGGUUGGAGAGGGAGCAUAAGCAUGAAAAUGACCGAUCGCUCAAAGACUAACAAUGUGCCUGAAAAACAAUAGCACUGCUGUUUUAGUGGCCAAAAUUUAGGGGUGGAUGGAAAUUAAUUAGGCAAGAGCAAGGAAAAUUUUAUGCCUGGUGAAUUGCAUAUUAAAUUUAUUUAUAGCUCAAUUCAUGUGUAAAAGAGAGCUUGUCAAUAAGUGUGGCCCCAGGUUUUAAAUACAGAUACUAUUGAAUCUAAAAAAGAAAGGCUAGACCUUGGAAAUUCAUUACUAUUUCUAUUA